AGAACUUCUCCUGGGCCAAUCCGGAGGCCCCUCCUCUCAGCCAAUGAACGGGGACGUAAUGUGCUGAGUGUUUGACGGCGCCGUCCUCUCCUCUACUGCCGGAUAUGUGACGUGGCUGGCAGCUGCUGGUAACCAUGUCUGCAAUCUUCAAUUUUCAGAGUCUACUCACAGUAAUCUUGCUCCUUAUAUGUACCUGUGCAUACAUAAGAUCCUUGGCUCCCAAAUUACUGGAUAACAAUCAAACUGGAUUACUGGGUAUAUUCUGGAAGUGUGCCAGGAUCGGUGAACGGAAGAGCCCUUAUGUUGCUGUGUGCUGUAUAGCAAUGGCCUUCAGUAUUCUGUUUGUACAGUAACAGUUGUGAAAAAAAAUCUGGAAUAUGUCUGCAGUAAAACUACAACGGAAUAAAAGACUCUGGGAAACCAAAAAAGUAUUCUACACCUUAAUUACCCACUGGACAAUAAAAAAUUAUGACAAGUUCCAUAUUUUCUGUUAUAGAAGAGAGGUGCAUUAAUUUGUAAUAUUUCAUUUAUUAAUAGUCAUGUUUGUAGAUUUUCCAUAUUCUUUCAUGUGGAUUGUAUUAUGAAUUUCAAUUGAGAUUUUUAACAUGCAUGGCUAAAAGACUUCUGUUUAAGAGCAAAUUUGAUGUUUAAAAACCUUUUUUUAAAAACAGUUACAAAAUAUUGACAAGAUGUGCAUUUUAAAAAUUCAAUAGAAGACAAAGAAGGGCAUAGUAAAACCAAAUCAAUAUCACAGCUAAAAUUAUGUGAGCAUUAUUCUAAUUAUGAACACUACCAAAUUCAAGGAAGGAAAAAUAGGGAAAAAGCUUUAAAUUAAAAAAAAUUAAGAUUAGCAUCACUGAUGACAUUAAUAGUAGAAGUUUGGUAUAAAGCUGGACUGUAUUAGAAACAGCUGUACACAAACGGGUUCCUGUUUACUAUGAAUUCAACAAGAUGUCUUUCUCUCCAAGUCAGUGCUUAUCAAAUAUUUUUCAGUUGUCUUGCACCUGAUGUUUAAUGAACAAUUUGUAUGUUUGCUGUUCACCCAUGUUAUAUGCAGCCCUGUAAACGUUGAACAAUAUCUGAGUGCAUGAGAGAAAUAUUUACAUUUCAGUUGUUCAAGAUGGGGAAAAGAUAUUUUACAGUUUAUUCUGAAAUAUUUUUUAAAAAUUCCUUAACCAGCAAUUAAAUAUUGCAUCUUUUCCCGUGGUACCUCCAGGAGCUCUAACAGUUACUGAUGAUUUGAGUUCACAGUGGACCAAUAUUAUCUAAUGUGGUCAUUCAUUUUUCUGGUUAACUAUCUCCUUGUAAAACAAAUACACCAUUAUAUUUUUGGCUUCCUAAUAAAUAAUAGAAAUAC